AUGAGCGUGGCAUGCUACUACGUUCUUGCAAAGCCCGUAGCGGAGCUCGUUGGGUACUACUUGGCUAGCCUGCAACUCGUGCUAUGCAAGGUCCUAAUGCACGGGGACAACGUCAAGUUCAGGGAUCGGCGAGAAGCAACGGCAGAACUGCGAGCAGCGCAAGACCCGUGGAGACCCCGAGAGGAGCAAAGGAGAAAGGCUGAAUGUCAUUGCCCUCUGCCUUUUCUCUACUGCCUUGAAG